AGAGAGAAAGAGAGAGAGGGGAGGGCAGUGGCGACGGCGGAGGCCGGCCCGGCGCGAGGGCAUGGCGCGAGGACAUGGCGCGAGGGGAAUCCCAGAAGAUGCAGCAUCAACUAUGUAUCCACUGGAGUGAACAUUAGGAAUGACAUCCAUAAAGUACCAUCCUGCUUUUCAUCUUGCUUCGUGAGAGACUCUCCAUAAUCCUUGGAUGAACAUAUCGAAAGAGGAUCCCUUGUCAUCAUGAAGUUGAAACAACGUGUGGUGCUUUUGGCAAUCCUUCUCGUCAUCUUCAUUUUCACCAAGGUUUUCCUCAUAGAUAACUUGGAUACGUCGGCAGCUAACCGUGAGGAUCAGCGUGCCUUCCACCGUAUGAUGGCAAGCCUGCGGGUGGAACUGGAUCCCCGACUUGACCACACCUUGCAGUCUCCCUGGGAGAUUGCCGCUCAGUGGGUGGUGCCACGUGAGGUAUAUCCAGAAGAGACUCCAGAAUUAGGGGCAGUGAUGCAUGCCAUGGCUACAAAAAAGAUAAUAAAAGCAGAUGUGGGCUACAAAGGCACCCAGCUGAAGGCAUUACUCAUACUGGAAGGUGGACAGAAAGUAGUCUUCAAACCUAAGCGAUAUGCCAGAGAGUACGUAGUAGAAGGAGAGCCAUAUGCUGGGUAUGACAGACACAAUGCCGAGGUGGCAGCAUUCCAUUUGGACAGAAUUUUAGGUUUCCGACGAGCCCCUCUGGUGGUUGGUAGAUUUGUUAAUCUCCGUACAGAGAUCAAACCUGUCGCCACAGAACAGCUGCUCAGUACCUUUCUCACAUUAGGGAAUAAUACUUGCUUCUAUGGGAAGUGCUACUAUUGCCGGGAAACAGAACCAGCCUGUGCUGAGGGUGACAUCAUGGAGGGAUCAGUCACAUUGUGGUUGCCAGAUGUUUGGCCACUUCAGAAGCAUCGGCAUCCAUGGGGCAGGACAUACAGGGAAGGCAAACUCGCCAGGUGGGAAUAUGAUGAGAGCUACUGUGACGCUGUAAAGAAGACCUCACCAUAUGACUCAGGCCCACGACUCCUUGAUGUCAUAGAUACGGCCAUCUUUGAUUAUUUGAUUGGGAAUGCUGACCGACAUCAUUAUGAAAGCUUUCAGGAUGAUGAAGGAGCCAGUAUGCUUAUUCUUCUUGAUAAUGCCAAAAGUUUUGGCAACCCUUCCCUGGAUGAGAGAAGCAUUCUUGCACCUCUUUAUCAAUGUUGCAUUGUCCGAGUCUCUACUUGGAAUCGGCUCAACUACCUGAAGAAUGGAGUGUUGAAAUCUGCCUUAAAAACUGCCAUGUCACACGAUCCUCUCUCUCCUGUGCUCUCUGCCCCUCAUAUGGAUGCCCUGGACCAACGGCUCUUGAACAUCUUGUCUACAGUAAAGCAGUGUACAGAGCAGUUUGGGCCAGACACCGUUCUGGUGGAAGAUAGAAUGACACUUUCCCAUUUGUAGCUUUAACAGACGUUGGUUGGAUUCUUUGAAAGGAAAAAAGAACAAUUAGAAAAACAGCACAAUUGGCUCUGCAUGGCUACGAACAAGACGGAUUGGGACUGCCAACACCAGAUUUGCUGCACUCAAGAAGAAAGCAUCAGUGGUUUGAACGUUCUGCUGAAGACAAGGAACUUGCUCUCAGGUCGCCCAAUGUCAUUUUUUGGGAUGUCCAUUGCUGGCAGUGGAUGUUGCACUGAAAACUCUCCUGGGAUGCCUUGAGGAAGAAAUGGGAAUUGGGGCAUUAAUAUAUACUGGUUCUUGAAAAGAGCCAUAGGUCCCUCAACUGUUGCAAAUAUAUUAAUUUAGUACAGUUCAGGUUUGUAAAAUCAAGGCAUCCAUGCUGGCUACCUAAAGAGGCAGAUAUGGCUGCUAAAGAUAUCUCUUGGUGUCUGUCCUGACACACAUAUCCGAAGGAUUUUGUCUGGAAUUUUCUCGAGAGCCAAAUGAAGGAGCAUACAAUUUCCUGUGUCAACUCAAUUCUAAAAUGUGAGGGGAAAAAACUGUUUGAAAUCUGUAACCCAUUGACAAGAUUGAAAGGAUUCGGAUUUGCAUGAUGCUGCAAAGACUCUUACCAGUCAUGGAAGUUAGAAACUACUAGUCAAACUUGUGCUCCCAUGUUCAAGGUUCUUGCUACCUUGAUAAAGAAUACUCUUUGAUUUUUUUUACAAAAAAAAAUAUGCAGAUACAAUUGAAACAAAUCAUUCUUCAAAAAAGUGGGAAGGAUCAGGAUGAUUCAUCAUAUCUUCUUAUUUCUGAUAGCUUUUCAUGUUGCUGAAAUU